AUGUUCUCAAUAAUUUCUGAACUUGCAUUCAUUUAUAAUUGUUUGGGUCUCAUUUUCUUGAUGGAAUCUAACACUCCGCUUUCAUGCCAAAAAUAUAUUGUUCACCUUUUCUGUCCUGGCCAAUGGAUCAUUAAAGUCAAAGUUUUAGAAACAGCUACCUCCAAAGACAUUCAUAAAUUCCUUAAAGAUAAAUCAGUUCGAUUCUUAUACAAUGGAAUUCUUCUUGACAAGCAUCACACAUUCAAGUUUUAUGGAAUUAAGAACUCUGACAUCAUUGUCGUCAUCCCGUCAGAGAUCGAUAUCUACACCUUACCACAAAACUAUCGAGAAUUUGCAAAUAAUGAAGACUUAUUCAAAGACCGUGUUCUUGCAAUCGUCGAUUCAAACAUGAGUAAUGAACUUAUCAGGCUUCGUGAUUUGCAACUAAACAAGUUCAAAACAAGGCCCAAUGCAUAUCGAAAGCUUAUUUCUGCUUAUGAGGAGCAAAAUAUCCAAGAAGAAAUGCCCCUCGUCCCUCAAAAUGUCAAUAUUCCAUUCUCAUCCAAGAAACCCACAGCUGCGCCAUUACCAGCAUUUUGGGCAACAGGCAGUACUAUCAAGCCACAGCCCAAUUCCUAUAAUCCUUUCCUUCCAAACCCAGUUAAGAGUGAACAAAUUCCAAUCCGCGAUUAA